UGCAGGUGGAACAUUUAUCCCUGCUAGCCAACGACCAGAUGGUACAUGGCGAAAGCCACGCCGUGUUAAAGAUGGUUACAUACCACAAGAAGAAGUUCCACUGUAGGUAUGAAAGUAAAGGCAAACAGAUAAAAAAUAAGCCAAUGUACCCAGUGGGUGCAAGUCCAGAAUUCAUAGCGGAACAUAAAGCGAAACAAGAAGCAUUGAUAGCAGCGAAAUCGAAAAUCAUUCCUGGUGCUCCAGUGAAAACAGAAGUUAAAAAGAAAAAGAAAAAGAAUAAAAGCAAAACGACUGAAUAUAUAACAGAGGAACUGACAAAAACUAUGAUCUCAGAACCAGAACAAAAAAAAGAACCUUUAUCGCUGAAUAACAAAUCACAAUCCAAGUCAACGCCUAACAACCGGAUUUUAGCUAUCAAAACAAAUGGUCCAGUACAAUCUGAGAAUUCAGUGUCAGAUCCACAGAAAAAAUUGAAAAAUUUAAGAAAAAAAAUUCGAGAGAUUGAAGCAUUGGAAGAGAAGAUAAAAUCUGGUUUGUUAAAAAAUCCAGAGAAAGACAUACUGGACAAACUGGCAAGGAAAACAGAAAUUUGGGCAGAAAUAAGACGAUUAGAAACCAAUCAAUAAAUAUAUUUACAUGUUCUCACGAGUCAUCUAUUCGUAGUUUUAUCUAAGCUACAUUCUGUUUUCAAAUUAUGACAAAAAUUUUAUUAUCAUCUUGUGUAAUGUAAACCUACAUCCUCUUUAUACAGUAAAUAAGUAAAUGGCAAUAUAAGAAUGUACAUUUGUAAGGAGAUACAAAUUAAAUAUUAACGAAGUUA